CAGCGGAAGCGCCCGCGGAACACAAUGCAGCACUGAGGCAGCGCCGYGGUGGAGGCUGCAGCUCCUUGGCAGCUGCAGCAUCGGCCCGGGCUGGGAGGGGGCGGCUGAGGGAAGCCGGAGGGCUCUGAGCUAGAGAGCCGGACCAGGCAGCCCCGGCAUGAGCAGCUGAGCGUCUCGGGCGCGGUAGGCUGACAGCAGCACCAUGCAGGCGGCAGCGACUGCGUCCGUGCCCUUCUUGCUGCUCUGCGUCCUGGGGACCUGUCCCCUGGCGCUCUGCGGCCGGGCAGGAGACGCCUCUUUGACGGAGCUGGAAAGGAGGAAUGAAAACCGCUUCCUGGAGCGCCAGAGCAUCGUGCCACUGCGCCUCAUCUACCGCUCGGGAGGCGAAGACGAAACUCAGCAUGACGAGCUCAACACUCGGGUGCGGGGCGACCUCGGCGGCCGGCAGUUGACUCAUGUUGACCAGGCCAGCUUCCAGGUUGAUGCCUUUGGAACGUCAUUCAUUCUUGAUGUCACGUUAAACCAUGAUUUGUUGUCCUCGGAUUACAUAGAGAGGCACAUCGAACAUGGAGGCAAGACUGUGCAAAGCAAAGGAGGAGAGCACUGUUACUACCAGGGCCAGAUCCGAGGAAAUCCUGUCUCAUUUGUUGCAUUGUCAACAUGUCAUGGACUUCAUGGAAUGUUCUAUGAUGGGAACCACACAUAUCUCAUUGAGCCAGAAGAAAAUGAGACGGCCCAGGAGGAUUUCCAUUUUCAUUCGGUUUACAAAUCCAGACUCUUUGAAUUUCCCAUGGAUGAUCUUCCAUCUGAAUUCCAGCAAAUAAACAUCACUCCACCAAAAUUUAUUUUGAAACCAAGACCCAAAAGGAGUAAACGGCAGCUUCGAUAUCCUCGWAAUGUAGAAGAGGAAACCAAAUACAUCGAACUGAUGAUUGUGAAUGAUCACCUCAUGUUUAAAAAGCACCGCCUUUCUGUUGUGCAUACCAACACCUAUGCCAAAUCUGUGGUGAACAUGGCAGAUAUAAUAUAUAAAGACCAACUUAAGACAAGGAUAGUAUUGGUUGCCAUGGAAACCUGGGCGGCUGACAACAAGUUUGCCAUAUCUGAAAAUCCAUUGAUCACCCUACGUGAGUUUAUGAAAUACAGAAGGGAUUUUAUCAAAGAGAAAAGUGAUGCAGUUCACCUUUUUUCGGGAAGUCAAUUUGAGAGUAGCCGGAGCGGGGCUGCUUAUAUUGGUGGGAUUUGCUCGUUGCUGAAAGGAGGAGGCGUGAAUGAAUUUGGGAAAACUGAUUUAAUGGCAGUUACACUUGCCCAAUCAUUAGCCCAUAAUAUUGGUAUUAUCUCAGACAAAAGAAAAUUAGCAAGUGGUGAGUGCAAAUGUGAGGACACAUGGUCCGGAUGCAUAAUGGGAGACACUGGCUAUUAUCUUCCUAAAAAGUUCACCCAGUGUAACAUUGAAGAGUAUCAUGACUUCCUGAACAGUGGGGGUGGCGCCUGCCUGUUCAACAAGCCUUCCAAGCUGCUCGACCCUCCUGAGUGUGGCAAUGGCUUCAUUGAAACUGGAGAAGAGUGUGACUGUGGAACCCCUACAGAAUGUGUCCUUGAAGGAGCAGAGUGUUGUAAGAAAUGCACCUUGACUCAGGACUCUCAAUGCAGUGAUGGUCUCUGUUGUAAAAAGUGCAAGUUUCAGCCUAUGGGGACCGUGUGCCGAGAAGCAGUGAACGAUUGUGAUAUUUCUGAAACAUGCUCAGGAAAUUCAAGCCAGUGUGCCCCUAAUAUUCAUAAAAUGGAUGGAUAUUCAUGUGAUGGUACUCAGGGAAUUUGCUUUGGAGGACGAUGUAAAACCAGGGAUAGACAAUGCAAAUAUAUCUGGGGACAAAAGGUGACAGCAUCAGACAAAUACUGCUAUGAGAAACUGAACAUCGAGGGGACUGAGAAGGGAAACUGUGGGAAAGACAAAGACACAUGGAUACAGUGCAACAAAAGGGAUGURCUUUGUGGUUACCUUUUGUGUACCAACAUUGGCAAUAUCCCAAGGCUUGGAGAACUCGAUGGUGAAAUCACAUCCACUUUGGUUGUGCAACAGGGAAGAACAUUAAACUGCAGUGGUGGGCAUGUUAAGCUUGAAGAAGAUGUAGACCUUGGCUAUGUGGAGGAUGGGACACCCUGUGGUCCUCAAAUGAUGUGCUUGGAACACAGGUGUCUUCCUGUGGCUUCCUUCAACUUUAGUACUUGCUUAAGUGGUAAAGAAGGCACUGUUUGUUCAGGAAAUGGAGUGUGCAGUAACGACCUGAAGUGUGUCUGUGAUACGCUCUGGACAGGUGCAGACUGCAGCACUUUGUUACUUCACAAUGAAGGUCCAAAGACUAGCAACGGUGUUGCUGGCAUCAAUAUCAUAAUAGGCAUAAUUGCCGGCACCAUUUUAAUGCUGGCCCUCAUAUUAGGAAUAACUGCCUGGGGUUAUAAAAACUAUCGAGAACAGAGACAGUUACCCCAGGGAGAUUAUGUAAAAAAGCCUGGAGAUGGCGACUCUUUUUAUAGCGACAUUCCUCCUGGAGUCAGCACAAACUCAGCAUCUAGUUCUAAGAAGAGGUCUGCUUUUCUGUCGCAUUUUCAGAUUUCUACCUGUUCCAUCACACAUUAUUCCAUUAGUCAGAACAUUUCAUUAUUUUGCAGCAGGUCAAAUGGGCUCUCUCAUUCUUGGAGUGAAAGGAUUCCAGACACAAAACAUAUUUCAGAUAUCUGUGAAAAYGGGCGACCUCGAAGUAACUCUUGGCAAGGUAAUGUGGGUGACAACAGAAAGAAAAUCAGAGGCAAAAGAUUUAGACCUCGAUCUAAUUCAACUGAGUAUUUAAAUCCAUGGUUCAAAAGAGACUAUAAUGUAGCUAAGUGGGUAGAAGAUGUGAAUAAAAACACUGAAGGACCGUACUUUAGGACUUUAUCUCCUGCCAAGUCUCCUUCUUCAUCAACUGGGUCCAUUGCAUCCAGCAGAAAGUACCCUUAUCCAAUGCCUCCACUUCCGGAUGAGGAGAAGAAAGUGAAUCGACAAAGUGCCAGGCUAUGGGAAACAUCCAUUUGAGAUCAACUGUUUACAUGUGACACAUCAAAACUGUUUACUUCAACUUUUAUAGAAGCCCAGCCUCACGGAAUCACUGCAAAUCUAUCUGCUCUUCAGAGGACACCAAAACCCUCUGAGAUGCCACAGAGGAGAGGAAGCUGUUUCACAUCUGGAUACCAUUUUCUUUUUGUCAUUGGCUUAGGAUUUAACUGAACCAUGAAAAGAACUACUGACAUGUCACAUUAUAACACGGAACAAUAAGGGUACUGGUAUGUUAAUGGAUAAUCCGCAUGACAGAUAUAUGUAGAAAUAUCAAUAAAAUUAACUCACAUGACCCCAAAUGUAGCAAGUUUCCUAAGGGACAAUAGUGGUUUCAGAACUUCACAUUCUGAAGCACAUCCUCAUUGUAUACAGUAAUGCUAUAUGCAUGAAGCUUCUGUUUAUUGUUUUCCAUAUUUAAGGAAACAACAUCCCAUAAUAGAAACUAGCAUGCAGGGCUACGGCAUAUAGGAUUUUUCUGCAGGACUUUACAGCUUUGAGAGGCCAAUAUCCCAUAUGCUAACUUUAAACAUGUAUUUUUAUUUUUUGUUUUUUACUUUUCAUAUUUAUAUAAGCAUUCAAGGACAAUUGUACAUAUGUAAACAUUUUUAAAAUUAAAAAAGCAGCUGUUACACACAAGUGUAUUUUGCCAAAUGCCUAAAAAGAGUCAGUCACAAUCACAUCAUCGUCCUACCAUCCAAUGGUCUUCAAAGAGUAUAAGCAGAUGAUGUAAAUAUAGUGGUCAAUGCAGUAAAUGUGUCUCUCCAUAAUUGGUAUUUGUCGAAAACAUGUGAUAUCCCUUUAAACUGUGUGUAGUCUGGAGGCAGUUUUAUUGAGUCAUCAAGAAGCAAAAUGCUCAGCAAAACUUCUGGCCUCCAUAGCUUGCUAAAGCAGGAGUCCAGUAGUGUGGCUGCCUUGCUGCCUUGAGACUAUGCUGGUGAUUGCUCUCUGGGCCCCCAUCCGAUAGCCCAUGCACUUCUCUUCUGGGGGUACAUGGUGCCUGCCGCAGCAGCUAUUCUCUUCCACUUCCAGAGCAUAUCAACUAGUCUCACCCUGGAGGCCAUGAGCCCCCAGCAGUGUGUUCUGCUGAGGUUAAGCAGGUGAACCAAAGACAAUCCAGACCACAAGCUGCUGGUGAACUGGUAGCUUCCAUCUUGCCAAUACUCUAACCCUUCUGUGUAGCCUGAAGUUUUUUUUCCUUGACAAAACUUUUCAGCCACCCUUAUCUGUGAAAGAAUGACUUGUUGUAACAAAAACAACUUCUACACUGUUUAUUAAGGGUAUGUGUUAACACUGGGAUGUGAGUCCCAACAGGUCAUUCUGUGUUGACCCUUGAGCAAGAUGAUGGAUGGUUCUGCUGUCUGAGCUGGGAAGCCGUAACAGGGCACAAAGGGUUAAAUGAAAUCUAAAGCCACAAAGAUGCAGCAACUGGAAAAUUAUACAAACAGCAGCAGAAAGAAUCUGAUGUCUUGAGCCCUGUCAUCUUUAAUCCAUAGAAAAAUGAGAAUUUUAUGUUCAAAGCCCUAUUUUUAAACCAAAAGUUCGAUAGCUAUUAUAAGGCCAGUCUGUCAGUCCAAAAAAAAAAAAAAAAAUUAAAAAAAAGGCACUCUAGUGAGGUCAGAAAUUGAUGGGAUCAAUCGUGAUCUUUUGUGAAGUAUACUUCUGAUUUCCUCUUUUUAUUUUUUUUCUACAUUUGCUUGAGAGGAAGGGAAUCAGCUGAUAAGAUAUCAGGAAUGCC